UUAAAUUGCAAAAGUAGGAAGGGGCGGUGGUGCAAAUCAUGUGGAGUGCAUGCACAUUCUCUCUCUUCUUGACAAGUGCAUCUCUACAGCCCACGCCCUUCUUAGUGCCACGAGUGGAUACUGGCCGGGACCCAAUCAAUCAAUAAGUUUCCUUUUUUUUUUUUUGUGGUAUAUUGAAAAAAUAUCAAUGAAUAAAUACCCAUUGCCACUACUAUAUAUAAACCCCAUGCAUAUGGCUAAAGCAUUAUAUUCAAAUGACAGCUAUUCAAAAAAGAUCAUGAAAACAUUUCCCUUUGUGCCAACAUUUCACAAAACACUAUUAUUGCCUUGUACAACUACCAUAAAAAUGCACUCAAAAUUUUUCCUUUUCACUCUCUUUAUCUUUGUUCUCUUUAUGUCCACAGGUUCUUUAGCCUUUAGCCCAGGCGGAAGGAAGAUGAGCUCAAUGGAAACGGGGUCACCUAGCUCAGGAAGUGGUGCGGCUCAUGGACCUAACUGGGAUUAUAAUUGGGCCUGGGGUUCAAGCCCAGGCGGAGGGUGGGGUUAUGGCUCGGGUUCGGGCCGGUCUCCUAAUGGUUUCGGCCGAGGCUGGGGCUUCGGUUCCGGGUCAGGGAGCGGGUCUGGUUCAGGCUACGGUUAUGGUUCCGGAAGUGGGGGCGCGCAUGGUGGUGGUUAUGGAGCUGGAAGUGGCUCUGGCGGUAGCGGAGGCGGUUAUGGUUCGGGAAGUGGUGGCCAUUCACCAUCAGUUUCCGAGCACCGUGGGUAAAUUAACACCUUGUAUGCUAGUAUAUCAUGCAACUACGUGCAAUAUUUAGAGUUUGAUAUUUGAUGUUUACUAGUACUAUGUUAUAUAUAGCUCAAUGUGCUCUAUAUGUAUUAAUAUAAGAUGAAUGUUUUCAUAUGCUCAAAACCGAUUAGAAAAAAAAAUUAUGAGUUCUUGUUUUUCUUCA